AUGGCAAUGGUGGAGCUGCUGACGACGGAGCUGGUUGUCCCGGCCGAGGGGACGCCGGCGGGCGCCGUCUGGCUGUCCAACCUCGACCUGGCGGCGCGCCGCGGGUACACGCCCACGGUCUACUUCUACCGAACGAACAACAAGCCGGAGUUCUUUGAGGCCGACGCCGUCAAGGACAGCCUCGCCCGGGCGCUGGUGGCUUUCUACCCGCUGGCCGGCCGCCUCGGGCUCGACGCCGCCACCGGGCGCGUCCAGAUCGACUGCACGGGCGAGGGCGCGGUGUUCGUGACGGCGCGGUCGGAGUACGCGCUGGACGAUCUGCUGAACGAGUUCGUGCCGUGCGACGAGAUGCGGGACCUGCUGGUACCCGCCACGCCCGCGCCGAACCCGCCGUGCCCGCUGCUGUUCGCGCAGGUCACCCGCCUGCGCUGCGGCGGCGUCGUGCUCGGCCUCGCCCUGCACCACUCGGUCGUGGACGCCAGGAGCGCCGCGCACUUCGUGGAGACGUGGGCGAGCAUCGCCCGCGGCGGUGGCGGCGACGCGCCCCUGCCGCCCUGCUUCGACCACAGGCUGCUGAGCGCGCGUCCCCCGGCGACGCGCGCGGUGUUGUACGACCACCCGGAGUACAAGCCUGAGCCGGCCCCGGAGCACGCGGUGGCCGCGGGUUCCUCCUACGCGAGCGCCAUGAUCACGCUGAGCAAGUCGCAGGUAACGGCGCUCAAGGCGCGGUGCGCAGGCGCGUCCACGUUCCGUGCCGUGGUGGCGCUGGUGUGGCAGUGCGCGUGCCGCGCGCGGUCGCUCCCGGCCGACGCCGAGACGCGGCUCUUCUCCAUGGUGGACAUGCGCGCGCGCCUGGCGCCGCCGCUGCCCCCUGGCUACUUUGGCAACGCGGUGAUCCGGACGUCGGCGCUGGCCACGGUCGGGGAGGUGGUGGGGAACCCCGUGGGGUACGCUGCGCGGCGCGCGCUGGCGGCGACGAGCCAGGGCGACGACUACGCGCGGUCGCUGGUGGACUACCUGGAGGGCGUGGACUCCAUGAACCUGCCCCGGAGCGGCAUCUCGCGCGCGCACCUCCGCGCCAUCAGCUGGAUGGGGAUGUCGCUGCACGACUCCGACUUCGGGUGGGGCGCGCCCGUGUUCAUGGGCCCCGCCCUCAUGUACUACAGCGGGUUCGUGUACGUGAUGCAGGCGCCCGGGAAGGAGGGCGCCGUCGCGCUCGCGCUGUCGCUGGAGCCCGAGAGCAUGCCCGAGUUCAGGAAGGUGUUCGCAGAGGAGGUGGCUCGUCUCCACACGAUAUGA